AUGGCGGAGGAAACUCUAGCUUCCGCAGUCUCAGUACCUCAGCCAGAAGACCUAGACCCAGUCCGCGCUUCACCAGAAGCACGUCAAAAAAGACGUCAAUCCUCAGUAUCAGAAAACGGAAGUAAGCGCCGGCGCAUUAGCGGUGAUAACCACUCACCAGACAACAAUAAUACCACACGACAGCCUACAAGACCCGGUGGAAGAAGAGUCGUUGCAGCCGCCGAAGAACGGAAACGGGGACAAAGACUCUUUGGCGGACUGUUAGGCACAUUAUCUCAGACAUCGUCGACAACAGCGCAGAAACGAAGGGCGGAUAUUGAGCAGCGACAGCAGGCGAAACUCAAAUUGCAGGAUGAGCAGCAUAGUGAGACGAAGAGGAGGAAGAAGGAGGAACUUUUAGAUGAGCGGAGGAGUCAACAGGAGGAUUUAGAACGCGCAUCCAUGACUCUACGGCAUCAAAAUAUGCUGCAUGCAGCUGGGUUCCUACGCACAAAGGUGGAACCAGUUUUAUUAUGGCGACCAUUUGAAUUAAUAGAAGAAGACGAAGAUAUGAUCUCCAGACAGCGCCAGGAAGCCAAGGAGACAAUAGUGAAGGAGGAAGCGGAAUUUGAAGAACGGUGGCGCAAAAGAGAGCAGGAGGGUAAUAAGAUACUGCACGAAAACGGGAAACCUGAGAAUUCAAAUAACCAACAAGCCGAGCCAUCUCAAGAUAUUGACAACGAUGCAAGCAAACCAUCAGAACAUGAAACUCAGAAAGAAGAGAACGGUGAACAGGAUGUUUCAACAACAGACACAGGCGAACCGAGCACAGACGCUACACAUAAUUUAUUGACACAUCGCCAAGACGACGAGGGAGAGGAAGUCAUGGAAGAAGAUAAGGAGGAUAUGGUCCUCUACUAA